AUGCCCGGGUCCGCGCCGCCGGGACUGCAAACAGCGCGCGGCGACGAGGGCGCAGCUGAAUACUGCUGUGGACAGCGGCAAUCCGCUACCCGCUCCGCUCAGUUUAUGGCACUUGGACCAUCGGCUAGACGCGCGGACACAAAGGAGCAGCGCAUACGUCACACGCCCCGCACGCCGCGCGCAUCACCCGCCGUCGCCUCGACGGCCGGUUCCCUCACCGCAUCGAAAGUGGACGCAUUCGUCGGCGACAAAAAGAAACCUUCAGCAAUGACCAAUGGAACAGGAAGUGUGCAAAAUACAAGUGACGGUGCAGGUAUUUCGACGCCUCCAGCGGGGGUUAGCAACAGAGUCGGUCCAGGUACGGUACAUUUGGGUGGUGGUCCAAGUGAUGUGUUUCGAGUGGGUGUGCGUCCGCCCCCAUUUUGGCCGGACGAACCAGAGGUUUGGUUCGCGCAAUUAGAAAGCCAAUUCAGUCUUUCUGGCAUCACUUUGGACGAGACAAAAUACCAUUUCGUAUGCGGCCAGCUCGACCCGGAGUACGCGGUCAAAAUCAAGGACAUUCUUCGAAAUCCCCCAGCUACUGGCAAGUAUACUAAAUUAAAAAGCGAGCUCAUCCAACGUAUUUCCGUCUCACGUGAGAAGAAAACCCUGCAGCUACUCCAGCAUGAGGAAAUAGGGGACAGGAAGCCAACCGACUUUCUAAGGCAUCUUAAGGAUUUAGCUGGACCGCACAUGCCAGAGGAAUUUAUCCGGACUAUUUGGACCAGUAGAUUACCACCUAAUGUACAGACUGUUGUUGCAUUUCAGCCUACCUUGGACCUCGACACCCUGGCAGGCCUGGCAGACAAGGUCGUCGACGUGGCGCAGCCAUCCUACAAGGUUGCCAGCACAUCCUCGGGCGUGCCAGGUACCGCUUUGGAACAGCGAGUAGAGGAACUGACACGGCAAACGCUCUCGCUCUCAUUCAAGGUCAAGAGGCCGAUCCCGCUCCAGACAACGUCCCGAAGGUCAUCCUCACUGCUGGUAUCAUUUCACUUUUGGCAACAAAGCAAAGACGUGCAAGCAGCCGUGCAGUUAUCAUUCGGGAAACGCCCAGGGCGGCCACUAGUAGCGGCGAGCGACUGCCCAACAACAACCCGCCGCCUGUUCAUCACUGACCGUACGACGAAGGUGCAAUACCUCAUAGACACGGGUUCAGACCUGUGUGUUUUUCCAAGGUCAGCUGUUCGGGGGGCAUGUCCGAGGACGAAGUACCUCCUAUUUGCCGCUAACGGCACAGAGAUUGGCACUUAUGGGCUCCUGAACCUCCAUUUAGAUCUAGGUCUCCGUCGAGCAUUCGAGUGGCGCUUUACGGUGGCUGACGUCUCAAAACCCAUCAUCGGCGUCGAUUUUUUAGGAUUUUACAACCUUCUUGUCGAUGUCCGAAACCAACGCCUGAUCGACGCCAUAACUUUACUCACCACUCCGGCCAGGGCCCCCGACAGCAGCGAGGAGAUAUAUUCCGUACACAUGAUGGCCUUGGAGAGUACGAGUACGCCUUUCCGCGAACUACUUCGUGAGUACCCAGACAUUACCCGUCCAGCUGGUAAGCCGGGCACUCCAAAGCAUGGUACAGAGCACCACAUCAGGACCACUCCAGGACCACCGGUCUCCGGCCGUCCGCGUCGCCUGGAUCCAGAGAGACUGGCUAUAGCGAAAAAGGAGUUUGAGGAUAUGGUCCGCAGCGGUACUGCUCGGAGAUCAGAGAGUGCAUGGUCCUCUCCACUACAUUUGGCACGCAAAAAGAAUGACGGCUGGAGGCCGUGCGGCGACUACAGGGCUCUCAACGCACGAACCAUACCUGAUUGUUACCCAGUGCCGCAUAUACAAGACUUCGCUUACCAGCUGACAGGUAAGAAGAUCUUUAGUACCAUAGACUUGGUCAAGGCGUAUAAUCAGAUACCAGUUUUUGUCGACGACAUACCCAAGACCGCUAUCACCACGCCCUUUGGCUUGUUCGAGUUCCCUUACAUGACGUUUGGCCUCAGAAAUGCAGCUCAGACAUUCCAGCGCUUUCUGGAUGAAGUGCUGAAGGGACUCGAUUUUUGCUUCGGGUACAUCGACGACAUAAUCGUCUACUCGGAGUCAGAGACGCAGCAUCAACAACAUCUCCGCCAGCUGUUCAGACGUCUGCAGGACUUCGGGAUGCUAAUAAACACCGCGAAGUGCGUCUUCGGUCAAUCCAAGGUCACCUUCUUGGGGCACGCAGUAUCCGCACAAGGUAUCAGCCCUUUGGAGAGUAAGGUACAAGCCGUCCAGGAAUUUCCGGUACCUAGGAACACGAAGGAGUUAAGGAGAUUCCUGGGUAUGAUGAACUUUUACCGUCGUUUCAUCCCUGGGGCAGCGGCAAUACAAGCACCACUCCAUUUAUUACUCGGCGGUGAACAGACGAAAGCACGAAGACCUCUUCAGGCAGCAUAUCUCGGGCCUUACAAGGUCGUUGGUAGAGGGACGAAGACAUUUACCAUACUAGUGCAGGGUAAAGAAGUUACUGUCACCAUAGACCGCCUCAAACCGGCUUAUAUGGCGAGAGACGAGCACCGGGCACAUACUAGUACUCCAGAUGGCAGUAAAACGAUCGAGCAGGAGACCGAGAGAAGAACAAAGAGUGGGCGAACAGUCAGAUUCCCAGAUUACUAUCGCCCGUAG